AUGCUCUGCUUCGGGGCUCCAGCCGGACGUCACCGAUUGGGUAUCGGUGGAGAAGAGGAACGACUCUCCGCCGGGGCUCAAGGUGAAGGACAGGCCGAAGCUGUCGGGGCUGUUGCUGUCCGGUGGGUCGAAGGGCGCGCCGCUGAAGAACUGAUGAUGAUCGACGGCGGCGGAGGAUGGGUUGUUUUGAAUUUGGUGAUGAUAGUCGGAAUUGGGGAACAUGAUGGAUUCGUCGGAAGGAAUCUGGGAGGUGUAGGUAUCUGGGUAAGUGGAGAAUCCGAGGUCGUGUGGAUCCAUGAUCAUGGAUUUGAUGAAUGGGCGAUUCGAUCAGGGAGGGGACGAGAGGAUGCGAUGCGAGAUAAUCAAACAACGGUGGGAUUUAUGUGUUUAAAAAGCGGAGGAGACUGA